CAUCACGAGAGCACGCCGGGAAUCUCUCUCUCCCUCUCUCUCCAUCUUUUUCUCUUUUUGUUUUUCUUACUGGGACCCUGCGAUUUUUUUUUCCUUUUGUUUGUUUGUUUUUCAACAUUUGGCGGCUUCUUUCCCAUCAGAUGAGCGUGGACUGUUUUGGCAGCAUGACGGAACCCGCGCCGUUCGUUUGUGGAUAACAAUGAUGAUGGCACGAUUCAAACGCACAUUGUCGCGGAGUUGCAGCUGAGGAUUUCACUCAAAACUCGGACUGGACCUCUCCUCAGUGAUGGAAACAAAUGAGAUCGUGCUGCUCAAACUUUUCGUUGUUGGGAUUUUGGUAAACGCUUGGAUGAUGAGAGGAGUGUCAGGAGCAGAGACGCUGGGGCCCACGUCACCACCGCCUCCUCCUCGGGUGUGUAACGAGUCCCGUCUGCAGUGGGAGGUGGAGAUCUGUGGGGAGCACUUCAAAAAGGACAUGGCUCUGAUCCAGCCCCAGUACUGGUGCAACCUAACAUACUUCAUCAGUGAGUACUACCUCUUCACUCACUGCACCGAAACCAAGUCGUCCAACGUGGGCUGCUACUGGCCCAACCCACUGGUGGAGGGCUACAUCAUCCGCAUCCACAAGCUCUUCUUCUCCAACUGCACCCUGGAGCAAGUGGUGUGGGUGGACCCUCCAGACGACACCCUCAUUGUCCUAAUCCUAAUCCCAAUAUUCCUCACUUUGGCCAUGAUUGCACUGGUGGUAUGGUGCAGCAAAAGGAGUGAUCUUUUAGCGUAAGAACUGGCAGAUCGAGCUCAUAUUCCGGGGCCAAUUAUCAAGUAGCACUUCCAAACCAAAAUAUGUUGCGACAAGGGAAAUCUACAGUUCAAAGCAUUGUACAAAAGACCAAAAAUGGGGGAGAAAAGGACAGAUAUUGAGCUAAAUUAUCGUCUUUGAUUUUGCUGGGCAUCUUGUCCAACGGGACUUCCAGCGAAAUGUCAGGGCAUUAUUUAAAGCUCUUUAAGAUCUCAACUGCCAACCUCCGACCUUUUUUUCUUGGAGCACAGUUUUUUUGAAGGCCAAAGCAUCACCGAGCAUCAAAGGAUCAUGGGAAAAUAGAAGACCCCUUAAGGACUCCAAAUGUAACAUACAGUAGACUUUAACUUAAAACAGCAUGAUUUUUAGGGAUCACAUUGACCAAAUCUGGAGCAUUGCGAUGAGUGAACUGUCGUCACUGGAUACAAAGGAUACACUGGUGCGUUGGGACCCAAAGACGAGCAACUUUGUAAAUAUAUUUUAUCAAUAACUUAUGAAAAACUAUUCUGCAUACAAAGAGGGACAGUUGUGUGUACAGUGGGUGUGCUGUCUACUGUAUUGUCACUGUGUGUUUCUGUUAAAUCACUGUUUUUUAAUGAAGAUCUUCGGGGGAAAAAGGGAGUUUGAAUUUUUGUGAUUUUUCAUGUUUCUUGCACAGCUGUCACACGCCUCAAGGCUAACUUUUAUAAAUUCUGCUCAAAGAUGUUUUCACCUGCUCUGUCUCUCACUGAAACUCCUCAGAUUAAA